CAAAACAAGUGGGCGUUUCAAACAUGGCAGAUACUUCAAACAACAGGAAAGCUCUUCAAAUAGAGCUUACAGGAACGACAGAAGGACUUGGUAUAACUACAAUUAGUGGGCACAACCCUAACAAGCCAGGAGAAGGCUCCGGUAUUUACAUUAAGGAUAUUUUGACAGGACGUCUGGCACAUAAAAAUGGUUUAUUAAAAAUUGGAGACCAGUUGCUGCAGGCAAAUGAUGAGAGCUUGGUUGGGAUAUCAAAUGAAAGAGCUGUUGAAAUAUUAAGAUUUUGUGCUGCUACCGACUCAAUAAGUUUACUUAUAGCCCGUGAUGAGAUUGCACAAGCAGAAUAUCAGAGGCUCUCAAUUCCAAACAAGGAACAAUCAGACUAUCAACCAGUGAAGAGAAGUAGACACUCCACAGUAAAGAUAGGAGACCACCUAUAUAUGUGGGGUGGGGUCGGGUCUAGAGUACACUACGAUGUGAUGGAGAUGUAUCACUUACCAACUGGUGCUUGGGACCAGAAACCUACUACUGGUACCCCACCACCAGGUACCUGGGACUAUUCAUCUGUUGCAAUAGGGAAGGACAUAUAUUAUUUCGGUGGAUUUGGUAAUGGGUUUCAUAACAAUGUGCACUGUAUUAAUGUGGAUUCGUUCAACUGGAGGGAGCUCUCUCCUUCUAGUUCUGAUCAUAGUCCAAUGAUGAAGGCCAACUGUGCAAUGGUAUUAGCUCAUUUUGACGGUGAAGACUAUCUUAUAAUUUUUGGAGGAAGCCGGGGAUCAUAUUCUAUCAAUACUCCAAAGCAACCUGAUGCUCAGUAUUCAGCUGAUGGUAGAUGUAAUGAGAUACAUUAUUACAGGAUUUUAUCAGAUCAAUGGAUAUCUCCUGUUGUUACUGGAGACAGACCACCUCCAAUUAGUCACUUCACCCUAACACUAGUUACUAAUAACACUGCGGUAAUGUUUGGAGGCUCUACCUAUAAUGGAGCCAAUAAUAAACUGUAUAUGAUAAGUUUCACUAAGACAUCAGUGCUAAGCUAAUACUGUAGAAUGGGUUUCGUUAUGAGAUUGUGGGUUUCCACUUAAAUUGCAAUUAAAAGAUUUUUUCUUUACUUAAUUAUUCUCUCAGGAUAUAUUAGAAGUACCUAAUCCUGGAGGAUCAGUACAAUGGCCUAAGGGAAGAUGGGGCCAUUCCAGUGUACUCAUUACCACUAGUUCAGGACCACACUUACUAGUGGUGGGUGGACGUUCUGUCUCUGAUGUAUGCUUACUGGACAUUAGCAAAAGAAAUUGGAAAAUACUGAUUAAUCUACCAGACAAUGUUACUAAAAGAUAUGAUCAUUCUCUCUCAGUGUGGAGUGUGACCCCAACUACUAACUGGAUAAUUGAGUUUGGAGGAUGGACAUCAUA